GCCGCCGCCCAUGUCCAGCGGCCCGUCCCACGUGGUUAUUUGCGUGCGCGUUGUCAUCGGCGAGCUACGCGCUUGCGGGCAGCUCGCGGGGCUGGAGAUCCCGGACGCUGAGCUCACCGAAGCGGGCGCGCCCGCCCUGUUCCAAAGUGUGCUCGCAGCCUUCCUCGCCGAGGCGCGCGUACCUGGCGCGCUUCCCUCGCUCCCGAUGCCUCCUGUGCUCGGAGAUGAAAGCCCGGUGGACCUGCUCCGCUUGUACAUCGCCGUGCGCACUCGCGGCGGAUUUGCCGCUGUCACCUCCUGGGCGGUUGUCGCUCAGGCGAUAGGCCUCGACCCGGCCACGGACGCGGCCCUCAGGCUUGUGUACGCCAAGUAUCUGUCCCUUCUUGAGCAGACCAUCGCCAAGCCAGAAAAGCAAGCAGAGAUUGCUGGGAGCAGUUGCAAUGCAGCCCACCGCUCGAAGGCGAAGAAGGGCAAGUUCCUGUCGCCACACAAGGGCCAUGGGAGCGCUGGAUCAGCCCAUCUGAAGCGUAAGAGGGAUGGUCUUGUCCAGAUGCUUAACUGGGUCCGGCUUCUUGCCAAGAGCCCAGGUGAACAUCGGAUUUUGCGACAGAAUCCUGACAGCCCAUUCUCCUUGACACUUAUGCUCCGUCGCCAGAUGUUUGCAAAUUUUAAUUGCAGCAAAUUGCCCUAUGAGACUACCUCGCCGCAGAGUGGACUUACAAAUGAGGAGUACGAUGGAUGGGAUGAUCAACUGUGUGCAGGUGGGAAUAGUGACAGGAUUUUGCAAGCACGAGCUCGGCGUAUUGGUUUAGCAGAUGUUCCAGAUUGGACUGGGAAGACUCCAUUACUUUACGACGAGCCGCAUGCGUUGAGAUUUCUAGGCCAACCUCUAUUGCCUCCUGAAAGUAAUGAAGCCCUUGAUGCUGAUACUAUUGGUAAGGGUAGGCCAGAUAAGUGCAGCUGUCAACUCCCAGGUUCUGUCGCUUGUGUUAGAUUUCAUGUGACGGAGAAGAGGAUCAAACUGAAGCAUGAACUGGGCUCAGCAUUUUAUGCAAUGGGUUUUGAUCGCGUUGGUGAGGAUGCAGCAUUAACAUGGAGAAAGGAUGAAGAAAAGAAAUUCAACACCAUUAUCCAGAAUAAUCUGCCUUCAUCGAAGUACAAAUUCUUUGAGGAAGUGUUUGCUGCCAUGGGUUCCAAGGAAAAAACAGGCAUUGUGAGUUACUACCACAAUGUUUUCCAGGUGCGACGGAGAGCUUACCAGAAUCGGCUCAAUCCAAAUGAUGUCGAUAGUGAUGAUGAUUCACUCGAGCCUGGCUUCCUGCAUCUUCGUCAAGGUGGUGGUCAGGGUAAUUUCAUGUCUGCUUCUUCCUCUGGAACUCAAAGGGGUUCCUAGGUUAUCGAGUGUCAAUAGGUCAUUGGUAGCUCGGUGGCUCCAGCCCAGCUUCUUUUUCUGGAGCUCAGAGGAAGGUUCCAUAGGUUGAUAUUCAUCAAUUGGUUAUUGGAGACUUUAAGCAAACUUAAAGUGGUGGCGUGUUCUCAUUGAGAUUUUUCUUCUGUGAAUAGCCCAGUGGCUCGUUCCCUCCUGAUGGACCUGGACAGUAAUGCAAUUGUGUUGACGUUUAGACCCUUACCUAGGUAGUUUUACUAUUACCUGGUUUUUGAAUGUAUGUUUGUCACUAUGCCAACAUCAUUUUUGUGCA